AUGUCGGGUGCGGCCAGCAUCGGGCUGGACCUGGGCGCAGGCAAGUGCUGUGUUGCCAGCGUGCGCGCUGGAGCGGUGACGGUGUUGCCAAACGCUCACGGCGACAAGACCACUCCAAGUUUUGUUGCCUUCACCGACUCCCGCAGCCUCGUGGGCAGCGAUGCCAGGGACCAGGCGGCCCUCAACGCCGAGAACACUUUUUAUGGCAUCAAGACCGUCCUCGGCAGGAGCUACAAGCAAGAGAGUGGAGCCGUAUCAAUCGAAUCAUUGGAGCGCUUGAAGCUUUCCAAUAGCGAGAGUGGAAAACAAGGAACACAACUUCGUUCGCUCGAAAAAGACCCAACUGUGUCUCCUUACCUUCCUGUAUUUUCAACAACCAAGGAUGGCUUGCCCGUCUUUGAAGUAAAAUACAGGAAUAUAAAUGCAAUGCUACGUCCCGAGGAAAUUGCGGCUUUGUUAAUUGCUAACAUGAAAUCAGCGGCAGAAGAUCAAUUGGGCUGCGUCACAAACGCUGUCAUCUCCGUCCCUGUAAAUUGCAGCAACGCGCAGCGAGUAGCCACUCUUGACGCGGCCUGCAUCGCCGGCCUUGAAAGCGUCACGCUGGUCAACUCGACCACCGCCGCUGCCAUCGCUUACUGGAACCAGCGCCCCAGAGAUGAUGACUGCCUCGCCGUCGUCGAUUUCGGAGCAAGUUCCCUGAACUUGGCGAUUGUUUCCAUUGAAAAUGGGACGGUCAAAGUUCAGGAAGCUUUCGGAGGCUCCACGGUUGGCGGAAACUUUGUAGACGAGUGCUUGAUGCAAGCCGUUAUAAAAAAAUUUGAAGAUAAACACGAGCAACCAUUCGAGAAGUCCCCCAGAGCACUCAUGAACUUGAGGGCCUCCAUGGAGAAGUUGAAACACAAUCUGACAUUAUGCACUUCUUCUGAUGUUCAAGUUGACUCAAUGGCUCAUGAUAUCGACUUCUCCUGUUCGUUCAGCAGGGCGGAUAUGGAAGAUUCGUGCAAACAACAGUUUGAAAUUUUCAGGAAUGCGCUACGUCGAUUGGCCCAGUCAAAGAGUUGGGCUACAGUUCGAACAGUUGUAUUGGUGGGAGGCUCAACGCGUAUUCCUGCCGUAGAAAAUCUGAUUCUCGAAACGUUAGGAAAACCUGUGGAUCGCACGCUCGACAAAGACCAUGCGGUUGCCUGUGGUGCUGCCCUUCGAGCUGUUAGGUCAUGUGAGGUGGGGGAAGUGUUAUCCAGGCGCAUCUGGUUCCAGAUCGGCUCAGAGGCUUAA